CACGAAAAUACUUCAUAUCACGCACAUCAGGAACUUCGUUCAAUUCAAUGAUCCAUUUAAUGACUUUAUAUCAAUUUUAUAAGCAUUUUUUCAAGGAAAAUGAGUACCAUUCCGAAAUGAACAAAGGGAUAUUCCGACUUAAUUCUAAAUAUUUGCACCACGAGGUAGAUAAUGUCCAAUAUCAUGAAAAGUCUCACCUAAUAACCAUUUUUUCAGGAAUUAUGUAAAUGACAGGCAACUCGAGUUAUUAAAUUUAUUAUUCUGGGAAAAUAUCCACGGGCAAAUUCGUAAUAAAUAAGCAAUGCAGUACAGAAUUUGAACAUAUUUCUUGGUUAUUUCUGUUGAUCUAACGUAUUGUUGAAAGUUGGAACUGAUCGAUAAAACAUUAAGAAACGAGAAAAUUCAGAAACGACCUGGAUGCUGGAAUAAAACGCGAGGCAGUCUGGGAAUCACGAGAGAUAUCUAUCUGCUUACUUUUUUAUCAGGGUAGGAGCUUCAGAGCACAAAGCUCUUCUGAACAAAUAGGCGAAAAUGACGCCGCAGAACAAUCGGAAUUGCUCGAGAGCAUUCUCCACUACCGACAUCGCAAACCGAGCUGUAAGAAAUGUUUUCGAACUUUUAUCCGAAGGAGAGGCCAAGUUAUGUAAUCAACGCGCAGUGAAGGAUAUUGUCCUGGUAUUAGGUAACACAGGUGCGGGUAAAUCUGUAUUUACUCGAACAAUAGCCGGGUAUGAUACAACUCUAAAGUCAGUUGAUGAAGAUUUGCACUACGCGAUCAAGAAUCCUUACGACGAGAACGGUGGUAAGUCCUUCGUAACAUCAAGUACGAUAUUUCCAGAUCAAGUACGAGACAACAACACAGGCAUCGUGUAUUAUGACUUCCCAGGCUUCCAGGAUACUAGAGGAAUGGCUCAUGAUAUAACUACAACAUAUUUUAUCAAAAAAAUCGUCGAUAGCGCCGUUCGAGUCAAAUUGUUGCUUUUGGUUAAUUACACUUCAUUAACCACAACAGGAACGAGAGAUGACUUUACAACUCUACUAUCGCAUAUUAUAAAAUUCGUUGGAGACGUUGAAAAAUACCAAGGCGGAAUUGCACUUAUUGCGACCAAAGUUGAACUUCAUUCAAAAUCAGACGAUCAGAUCAUUUCGGUCAUAGCUAAAUUCAUUGAAACGGUCAAACAAAACUUGGAACAACAAGUAGACAACCCUAAGGCGUUAAAUAUGAUAAAACUUCUGAACAUCUUAUUGAAACAAGAUGGCAAUAUGUAUUCUAAAAUUGCAAUUUUCAGAUCACCAAAUCAGGCGGGAUACUUAAGUCAUAUUCCAAAACUACAGGAAAACAUUGCAUACCUUAAAACCAAGCUGGCAAAUCUGAAAUUUGUAGAAAAAACAAACGAGGAUUUUGGUUAUACUAUACCCAAACAAUCACUGAUCGAUGUUGAUAAGAUAAUUAAAGAAAUCGCUCGCAGUUUUACGACAACUGUCCAAGAUAUGGGUAAAGAAAUACAACGAUAUCUGUCUGCUGAACAAGAUCAACUACACGAUAUUUCUAAGCUAUACAAUCUUACAAGUGUUAGAUACGAUGAACUAAAGAAGAUCAAAGAGAGAGCAAAUAAUCAAGAGGAAUUUGAAAAAUGUACACUGGAAAUAGUCAACGGAGCUGCUUCAAUGAAUAUAAAUUUAUCAAUACACCAAGAUAUGUUGAAGAAGUUGGUCAGUUAUUCAUCAUUCUUGCACGAAGUGAGCGAUCACGAAGUACAAAAUCAAUUUAAAUGCGCAGAUGGUAUGCAAGAUGUCAUCGAGGAUUCGCAUUGGUCGAAAAAAUGGUACCUUUUUUUGAAUAAAUUAUACGAAAGAUUAUCGGAUUACGAAAUACAAAAAAAUACUCGACAAAAUCCAUGCACCGCGUUGGCUGAAAACGUAGUUAAGGCGAUUGAAAAUGAAAAAAAUUCGCAAUUUAAUCUCGAUCCGCUAAGUUUGAAAAAAUGUUAUCCGGAUUACGAAUCGAUGUUUGAAAACAGACAAAAUGUGACAGUUGAUAAAUCGAAACUCAUUUAUUUAAAAACCGUGUUGAAUUUAGGAUUGCAGAACAUUUUAUCUUACUCUUGCGAUUCGAACAAAUUGGUGAUAAAGGGAACGUAUGUUAAACUCGGAGAUGUGCCAGAUAUUCAAAACAGAGAAUGUAAAGUACGACCAAAAUUCAUAGAGAUUUUUGCCUCGAAUAAGGUAUUCAUCGACUCAGAUUUAGAUAAGACAGGAGAAGAAGUGCAACUUUCUGUUAUAGCUCCAGCGUGGUAUAUUCAAGGUUCACGUACAAUUAGACUAGAUGGUAAGCCUGGAGAGCCUCACUAUUCUGAAAAAGCACGUGAUGGGGUAAAACGGGGAGACAGUGGCAAAGAUGGUUUGCCUGGAUUACCUGGAGGACCAGCAGGGAAUUUUAUAGGAAUAGGUGAAACUUUCAAAAAUCUGCAAGAGCUCACUGUUUCUGUCAGGGGUGGAGAUGGUGGACCAGGGCAGAAUGGUGGUAAUGGUAAAUAUGGACAAGACGGUAAAAAUGCGUAUAAUGAUAUUCAUUUAGAGAAGGAUACUCUAGACAAAAUCACCAGUAUGACUUGGUUAAACUCAAUAGGUACCAUAGUAUCUGAUCAUCACACGAUUUUGAAGGCUAGUGCUACUAUUAUAGGUUAUGAUGUAAUUCUUGCUGGUCAGCCAGGGGGAGAAGGAGGAUCUGGUGGCCAUGGUGGAAUGGGCGGUCUUGGUGGAAAUUUGGGCGAAAUCAUUUUCAGCUCGUUGUCAUCGUCAGAUACUAACCAUAUAAAUAAGGUUAUAGGGAUAGGAAAAGAAGGUGUACAUGGUAGAGGCGGUUUUGGGGCUGUUGGGGGAAAACAUGGGAACAAUAUGAAAGUAUCCAUGCCGGCAAUAUUCAGCAUUGUGAGACAGACUGAAACAACAGAAAUCUAUAUCAUGGAACAUGCAGCAUACGGUUAUAAUGGUAUCAAUGGUUAUAACGACUUCCACAGAAAACACCCGAAACAAAGUGAAAAAAUAUUGAAUCCAGGAGUCUUAAUAAACGCAUACAAAAAUUACAUCAGGGAAACCACGAAUCAAAGUGUGAGCGAGUUCUACUCAUCAGCAUUUCUUCAAAAGCUUGAAAGCAUUCCGAAUAUGUUACAUCGACGCAGAAGACGUCGUUAUGCUGAUUCUACAAAUGAAACAUUCAAUGUCGAUCACGAUGAAGGAAGCAAUUUCAAAAAUUCAAACUUGUCGAGCAACAUCACGCCUGAGAAUAGAACUGAAAAUAGUAUCAUUUUAAACGAUCCAGAUUUGAAUCAAAUCAGCUCAGUCGCGAAUGAUUCUAAUUUUGCAAAAAGCACCGGCGUCAGAAUCAAUUCGCCUAUCAACUUCGCUAUCAAUUUUUUUAGUAAUUUUUUCAGUCAGCUGGAAUUCUUCACACCUACUAACAUAAUGACUUUGGGUCUGGUUAAAGGUGGAAUCGAAUACAUGUUUGGAGAAUCAACCUCUUCAAAUAUUCACAGUAUGGCUGAAAGUAACACCAAUCAUUCGUUGGCGUUAGCACUCGGAAGUUUUAAUAUCAAUGAAUCACUGACGUUGAUUGAUUUUGCCAUUCGAUGCAUCACGAAACAGAAAUUUUACCAUAGUGUAGCGAAAGCAAUUGGUUUUUCUGAAAUAAAAGCCUUUGUUUUAAGCAUUGUUACAGAAUUUGAAGAAAUACUCAGCGAUAUGUCGGUAAAAUAUAAUUUACCUUUGGGAUCUUUGGAAUUCGAUCCUGUGACAUUGAUGUCUGAACUUGAAAAGGAAAUGAUCAAUCAAAAUUAUGAAAAAGUGGUACCAGUAUUAUACCGAUCUAUUGAGGGUAAUUCUCAUCUGGAUAGUUCUCAAUUUCGUACUCACAUACUGCGCGAUCUUGAAAAAGCAAUGGAAAUGCAGAAAAAUAAGAUCAUUUCAAGGAAUACCGUUAAAUAAAAUGAAACCACAUCAGGAGUAAAAUGACUCAAUUUUUACACUAAAAAAAUAUUUUUUUCAAGAGCUUGAGAAUUCAAUUUACAUGAGGUCAUUCACUAUUAAGUAUUAAUGCACGUUCACAUCUACAGUUCACUUUACAGGGUGUCCACUCAUUUCUGGAAAUGAUUUUCCCUUACUUUUCCAGGUUUUCCAGACCAAUUUUUCCCCUUUUCCAGACCAUUUUUUUCAAUUUUCUAUGCUUACCCCAUACUUUAUUUAAUGAAGAAGUUGGGGGGGGGGGUAAUUUUUUUCAUAAACUUCUCUUUGAACUGGAUACUUCUUCGAAUAAUUAUAAAAAACUGCCAAACUUUGAUUAUUAACUUUUCUAAUUUAAAUAAAUAAAUAAAUAAAACAUGCGUCAUGUUUGGCCGAUUGAUACAAUAUUCAUAUGGCUUACAAAAAAUUUUCUUAUUUUUUUUAGAUUUUUGGAGACCCCAAAAUGUAAAAUUUGUUUAUUUGAAAACGAGAAACAAAUUAGCCCGAGCGAAGCGAGGGCAAGAACUUUUAAACAUUUUCAUUUCGAGAUGCCAAAAAACGAAGUUUUUUUUCAAAGCGAAGAGUUUAUUUUUUUGUUUUUCAAAUUUUAAUAUGGGAACGAUGGAGAAAAGAGAACAGGCCCGAGCGAAGCGAGGGCGAAAGCUUCUAAAAAUUUGCAUUUUGAAAGGAAUAAAACGAGGUUUUUUUAUAGGAGACCCUAAUUUAAAUCAUACAUUUAAUGAAAAUUUAUUAAUUAUUAAAUAUUAUUAUGGCAGAAAAUAUGCAUUGAAUUUAAAAUUAAAUUAUAAAUUAAAUUUUUAGUUUUUUCUGGCUUUUUACAAUUUUAGAAUUUGAAUGAUGUUUUUUUUUAAAAGAAGUCGAUUUUCAAAAAGGAAACAGGACAGACCCAAGGUAGGACGAAAGCUCUUGUAAAUUUGUACUUCGAGAUGCACAAAAACGAUGUUUUUUCGUGAGAAGUUCAUUUUUUAGUUAUAAAACUUGAUUUGUAUUAGAAAAGCAAACAAAUCCGAGCAAAGCGAGGGCAAAAGCUUUUGAAAAAUUGUGUUUUGAGAAGUAAAAAAUAAUGUUUUCCUUUCACCACAGGUCCUUAUCCAAAAUUUGUAACUGAUCGGUUUUUUUUUCUAAAUUCCAGGGAUUUUGCAUGAAAAUUACGAAAUUCCCUGACUUUUCCAGACCGACCAAAUUCCCUGACUUUUCCAGGUUUUCCAGGCUUGUGGACACCCUGCUUUAUUAAAAUAAUAUGUACCUAUUUAUAAAGUUAGAAGAAAUAAGUAAUUAUGAAAAAAUAAUUUAUUAGGUAAUUAUUUAUAGGCCUAUCAGUUAAAUUAAGAAU